AUGGUCUUCACGGACAGUGCUUACCAGGGCGAUUCAGAGUGCUCAGUGCAUGAUGCUUUGAAAGAUAAUAGUCCGAAUGUUGGCCUGAAACUUGGUGAAAUUGAUAAUGCUAGACAGAAAAUUGACCAGGCAAAUGAGAGUCUCGGAAAUGAAGUUGAAAACUUAGGUAGUUGGAAUCAGGCCGCCAAGGAUGUUAUUGACAAGGCCAACGGGAAGUGUGAGGAGAUACUUAAGAAAGUUGGAAAAGAUAAACCUGAAGGUAAAAUUUUCCUGCAAGCUGAAGAGUUGAAAAAGAAAGGUAUUGAGCUUUUUACUGCAGCUCAGAGUGCUAAGAGCCUUGUUGAGCAGAAAGUCACUAAGGCGUUGGAGGCUGUUGUGGAAAUGGAUGCAUCGCUUAAGAAGGAUUUGAAGAGUGUGAAGGAGGAGAUUAAGAGAGGGAUUAAAGAGGUUAUUACGGAGUUGGAAGUUGAGAAAUUGGAUGAGAAAGUGAGAGAUGAUUUGACAACGUUGAAGGAGAAUAUUGAAAAGCUCACCGAAGAUGAUAAUGCUACUAAGAGUCUGGUAAAUGGGCAGUUGGAGGUGCUGAAAAGAGAGAAGAGUACGUUGGAUUUGACUACUAGCAAGGAACAUGGUUCAAUUCAGCGAGCGGUGAAUGGCCUUGACAGUAAUUUUGAUAAUCAUAUCCAAACUCCGCUUAGCCAGAAAGUCGGUGAAGUUGACAAGGCGAUUGAGGGGCUUGGCGGGACGUUUGAUGGGCUCAGCGGGGAAAAUGCAAAAAAGUUGGAAAAGAUUCUCGAUCAUAUUAAAGGGGAAGUUGAAAAGAUUAAGGGGACUGGAGGUACAGGUUGGGACAAUAAAGGUGGCCAAGGCCUGGAAGGGAUUAAGUCCAAGGUGCAGGAUUAUUUCAAUGCGUUCACCGGGAGUGACGGGACGCAGUUUAACGAAAUUGUGAAUGGUUGGUUGCAGGGCAUUUUGGGCAAGCAAAGACAGAGGGUUGUGGAGUGGUUUAGCGAGUGGAUUAAACAGCAUGUCAAUGAUGGCCGGACGAGGAUGGUGCUGGGCGAUGAUAUCACAUUUGACAAGAUCUUUCGUGACGAAAUUAUCGACCAGAUUAAGAAGCAGCUUCACAGCGAAGCAAAAGCAGCCGGUGAAAAGGUUACACAAGAAAAGAGCGCCAAUGACAUCACUUCGAACAUUGAGGCUGUGAAAAAAGGCUGCGAGGAUUUUGUAAAGGGGAUUGAUAAGAGACUUAAUAAAAACCAAAUCACAUCGCUUCUUCAAGCCGUGAAGAAAGAGGUUGUCGGCAAGAUUGUUAACAUGAAGAGUACCAAAAAUGAUGACCAUUUUAAUGAUGUCCUGAAAACAAUCCUAAUCGCCCUGCGCUCCACGUCCAACCAAGUAGCCGAGGAGCUGAAUUCAGUGUUUCUCAACAUACCCGAUAACGGAGAUCCCAGCCCCGGUAGCAUUGCAAAAAUCCUGGACCAUAUUACGCCUAUUGCUUGGAGCCUUCACGAUCAGCUUAACGAUGCGACUACCCUCAGCCAACAACCUCCACCCCAAGGCCAAACUGAAAGCCCCGCCCAAGCCGUGGACAGUAAGUUGAUGGCAGUGAAGAGUAAGGUUACGGGGCUUGAAGACGACUCCAAGAGGAACGUCACAAGAGAGCUUAGAGAUACAGCCGGCCAAGUUGAAGGUGACCCCCUCCAUCAGUCCCCUCAGUCAACCCACCCCCUCCAACUCCAGCUCCACCAGGCCCCGUGGCAUCCGACGGAGUAG